AUGGGCCGACUCUGCAAACGACAAGAGUGCACUACUCAUGGCGACCGAGGACACCUCACUUCCGCUGUCCGCGCCGAGCGACCCCGCCUCGAUCUCCGUGCGCAGCUCCGCGUACCGACGACCGGGCAAGCUGUCCAGCUGAUACAUCUCCACCGGGUACUCCACACCACGCAGCCUCUGUGGACCCAGCAACGUGCACCGCAGGGACGCGCGCUCUGUGUGCGACAACGACCACCACGUCCACUCCGUCAACAGCACCUGCCCGCCGUUACCAAUCGCCUCCGUUCGCGCAGCCAUGUUCGAUGCAUCACCGUAGUAGUCGAAGCCUUUCGUCACCACAUCGUAGCGGAUGUCAGAUAA